UUUUUUUUAAACAAAGUAACAACAGCGUCGUACAAUUGAUGACAAUUUAGUUUUCGGAAUUUUUUCACAAAAAUGGAAACGAAUAUUGAAUUAAACACGGCCGAUGACAAAGUUGAGGAAGUUAUAAACGAUACAAAAUCAAAAGUAGAGCCAGGCAACAUGCCAAGCACAGUCCAUAUUAACGAAAUCAAUCAAACCGCUCAACCGGCUGCGAAAUUGACGAAACCACCACCCGACGAUGUGUUUGUCAUUAAGCAGACUAGUAUGACGCCGAAAUUGAGUAGAAAUACUUUUGAAGAAUCUGCGAAAAUCGUAGGCGAUGAUGUGUCCAUAACUAUCGAUGGAUUCGGAAUGAUUACCACUGACAAAGGCACAGAAGUUGUGAAACGAUUUACAUUUAUCAACAAAAAUAAAUUUCAAGUCCAAGUAAUUAGUCUGGGCGCAACCGUAACCAGCAUUAGGUUUCCGGAUAAAAAUGGAUCACUGGAAGAUGUUGUUCUAGGAUUUGAUUCAAUUGAAGAGUACUUUGAGCUCUCAAAUCCCAAUAUUGGCUGCACUCUAGGACGUGAUGCCUUUGAAACGCUGAAGGAUGAACAUUAUAGUGGAUUGGGACUCUAUAAUUGGAUAUCAAGUAUAGACGAUAGCAGGUUGGUUUUAACACACGUAUCCGAAGAUGGUUGGCAGGGUCACAGAGGAACAGUUAUGAUUAAAGCCAUAUUCGAGUUAAAGAAAGACAAUUCCUUUCACGUAACGUACUGGGCAACUUCGACAACACCGACCUCAAUCAAUUUGUCUCUAAAUUUAUUUUUAAAUUUAGCUGGACACGCCGCAAAACACACCGAAUUGUACAAGCACAUCUUCACAAUAAACUCAGACAAGAGCAUUAAAGAGCGUACAUAUAGGCUCUCGAAAUUUAAACCACUAUCGGUUGGGGGCACAGUGUACGAUCUGAGAAGUCCGAAAGAAAUUGGACCGGUGAUCGCCAGGUCACCGCAAUACGGAUUCGAUAAAUAUUACAUUUUAACGAAGGGAACUGAACAAACGAUUUCGUUUGCUGCGCGUGUUAUCCAUCCUGAAUCGGGACGUUAUCUCGAACUCUACACAGACCAAGGUGGCGUUCAGUUAUAUACUGCUGACUAUUUUCCAGACAGUGGAUCAAAUGAUGUCAUUCCAAUUGUGUCAGAAGACACACCAACUGGAGAUGCAUCAACUGUAUUGUCUGCUUCAGUUAGUAAUAAUUCGAUGAAAUCCUUGCUAAAAUCAAAAGGUGGUGAAAUAAAAGGAAAAAAUGGUGCCAUCUACCAGCGUCAUGGUUCGUUUUGCAUUAACUCGUUAGGUUUACCUGCAGAAGAUAUUGGUAAAAUUUUUUCAAAUCAUAUUCUCGUACCUGGGAGAAAUUACGAGCAUCGCAUCAUUUACAAAUUUGGAACAUUAGAACAAUAAAUAUUUAAAUUAUUUUGUAAUAAAUAGACGCAUU